UUACAUUCUGUCAUUGCAUUGCAGGGGUGUCUCUAUUGUUCUCUGCUGACGACCUAUGCAAUUGUAAAAGGACAAUCAAGGUACCCACUGAUAAACAUCACCAGCAUACCUCCGUACAUAACAACGUGUGACGGACACGACCUCUGGCCAAUUGAACACACGUCUGGCAACAGGUUAUCUGCUGAACCCCGGGAUUCAGCCAAUAGGAAGAGAGGGGAGGCGGGGCUUGGUGCCGUCGCACUGCCGUUCAUGUUUUGCGUGAAGCGAUACAUGUUUGGUUGAGCUUUGAAUGAGGGGCCAUCAUCCCGGCGGCUCGGAGGUGGAAAAUACAGUUUAAAGUCUCUCUGGGUGCGUUUAAAAUGAACAAGCAGGCUUUUCUGACAGGUACCUGAGUGGCCAUCCAGCGUCCUUUCACCCCCUCGUCGGGUUUCUUUGGAUGUAGUUGUCUCCACUCCCUAUGUCGUGCUCUUCCCAUCUCAUAUUUCCCCAAGACUCUUCCAGACUAAUGCCUUAGUUCUGAUGAGAUUUUCAUUAAAUGAAAUACACAUGGUUGCCUACAUAUAGUUUUUGAAAAUCUCCAGUAGGAAUUCAGACAACCCAUCACUCGCACCACCCUCUUUCCCCUCUCCCUUUUUUUUCUCUUUACGUCAGAUUACAAGGGGCAUCAAAACACACUUAGGACACGCAAGCCCACGCAUACACAUACAGGCCACCAUGUCCUCCAUCCUUCCCUUCACUCCCCCAGUAGUGAAACGACUCCUGGGUUGGAAGAAGACCCCAGCAGGGAGCGGAGGAGCAGGGGGAGGAAUCGGAGGAGUAGGGGAGCAGAACGGUGGAGGACAGGAGGAGAAAUGGUGCGAAAAAGCAGUGAAGAGCUUGGUGAAGAAGCUAAAGAAGACCGGGCAGCUUGACGAGCUCGAGAAAGCCAUCAGCACGCAGAACAGCAACACAAAGUGUGUCACUAUACCCAGUAACUGCUCAGAUCUAUGGGGUCUAGGCUCAGGCCACACGAUAGAGCAGUGGGACUCUACAGGCAUGUACGGAUAUCCUGACCACAGCAGGUCACUGGAUGGACGUCUCCAGGUGUCCCAUCGUAAGGGCCUGCCUCACGUCAUCUACUGCCGCCUAUGGAGAUGGCCUGACCUUCAUAGCCACCAUGAGCUGAGGGCCAUCGACGCCUGCCAGUUUGCCUUUAACCUCAAAAAGGAUGAAGUGUGUGUCAAUCCUUACCACUACCAGAGAGUGGAGACACCUGUGCUGCCUCCUGUGUUGGUACCACGACACACGGAAAUUCUGACAGAGCUUCCGCCUCUAGACGACUUCGCAAACUCCAUCCCUGAAAACACCAAUUUCCCAGCUGGCAUAGACCCUCCUAAUAACUAUAUACCAGAGACUCCCCCGCCUGGCUACAUCAGUGAAGAUGGAGAGACCAGCGACCAGCAGAUGAAUCAAAGUAUGGAAACAGGCUCACCAGCAGAAAUGUCACCAGGCGCCUUGUCACCUGUCAGUCAUGGCCUUGACCUUCAGCCAGUUACCUACAGUGAACCAGCUUUCUGGUGCUCGAUAGCCUACUAUGAGCUCAACCAGCGGGUCGGAGAGACGUUCCACGCCUCACAGCCAUCUCUGACAGUCGAUGGCUUCACGGACCCCUCCAACUCUGAACGCUUCUGUCUAGGGCUUCUCAGCAAUGUCAACAGGAACGCAACGGUAGAAAUGACAAGGAGACACAUAGGUCGUGGUGUGAGGUUGUAUUACAUCGGAGGGGAGGUGUUUGCAGAGUGCCUCAGCGACAGUGCCAUUUUUGUUCAGAGUCCUAACUGCAACCAGCGAUACGGCUGGCACCCUGCCACAGUCUGCAAGAUACCACCAGGCUGUAAUCUGAAGAUAUUUAACAACCAGGAGUUUGCUGCACUGCUGGCCCAGUCAGUCAAUCAGGGGUUUGAGGCAGUCUACCAGCUAACCAGGAUGUGCACCAUCAGAAUGAGCUUCGUCAAGGGCUGGGGAGCAGAGUACAGACGUCAGACAGUCACCAGCACACCCUGUUGGAUUGAGUUGCAUCUCAAUGGCCCCCUCCAGUGGUUGGAUAAGGUCCUGACCCAGAUGGGUUCACCAUCAGUGCGCUGCUCCAGUAUGUCCUAAACAGGGUUCUGCUGCCGCCUACGCAAAAGCAAACUGACAUUUCACAACAUUAGUGUGUCCUAAGGGAGACCACCAUGCAGUCUUGAACUGAUGUACUAACAACAUUAUAAAAACAAAGAAAAUGAAAAGAAUUACACAAUGGACCUGGAGGAUGGGGGAUUGAGAUCACUGAUGUGAUGUCAGACUUGGCUGGAUCACCUCAGGCUCUAUUGGAUUAAUGUUGACAUUCCAGUAAUCAUGGACCUAAUAGUUGAAAUCACCCUGCAAUAUCAAAAUGACAAGUGAGUGAUGUAGUAACGGACCAGACUACAUUCAUGUUUUUGGUAUUUGACUGAGGAACUGAUCCAGAAACACACAGUGGGAUGGAGCUUUACUGUCCUGUUCCAGUUCAACACGAGAGCGGCUGUUUUGGGGUACUGCGCAGAUGACGUUCUACUUACAAGACAGUUAACCAUCAGUCCCACCUCGUGCGUCACUACCUACCUACCGCAGCACAACUUUGAUUCAAGAUUUAUACAAGGUUGACCAACAGUAGUACUGCCACUCCAGGCUCAUGUACAACCAAAGUCAGCAUCAUGCCUGGACUUCUACUUUUUUUUUUUUUUUUCCUUGGUUUUGGUGACCAAACUUCCAUUUUUAUCUGAGGUUUCCACGUCUCCUACUCUUUCCUAAUAAGUCCUGUGUUGUUGCCAUCACAGACCUGACUAUGCUGGACUGACGGUCCUUUGGCCGUCAAAGGGGUAACUGGGAGAUUAAGUUGAUGUCUAUUAUUAAUUUUACACACCCUGUCUUCACAUGCUUGCAUAAAUACUGUUACACAGACAUAUUUUUACAGCUCAUCCACCAUUUGCUGUUUUAACACCUUUGCUUUGACAUAACGACAAAUCAUUUCCUCUCAGUUCAACCACGAGUGUGCAGUGUGGAUCUGAGCUGAAACAUACAAGUAUGUCUUUUGUUCUUCUAUGAGGAGCUCAUAUUUUAAAGUGUGGUCAGUGGUUAACCAGCACUGAUAUCUAAGAUAUGUUACUGUACUGAAACAUCACACAAUUUAUUAAGUUGUUUUCGGAAAUAGAGUCUUAAGGAGAGAGACGCAUUAAACAGUUUGCCCAUCCCCCCCGCCUGCGCGCCCUUGUUCUCUGUACCAUGCUUUCUCUUCCUUAACUUUUUGCAAUAUCAUCUUACUGAUGAAGGAACGUUAUGUAUUGGACUUGGUGCAGGAUUAGGACUCAGUGCAUGAGUCAAAGCCUCAAUGUCCCCCCCUGCUGUUUAACAGAUGAAAAGAUAAACGUCCAUCAUCACUUAUGUUUCACUGAAGUCUCUUCAUUAUAUGCUUGGACUGAUGCACGAUUUCCCUACAAUUGACUUUCUAUUGAUAGGAAGAUGACCAUAAGAAGUCCUGCAGUGUGGGACUUUAAAAAAAAGUAGCUUCCAUACUGUACUUGCACUGCCCCAAAUUAUGCACCCUUGAUAUUGCUACAAGAAAGUUGCCUUUGAUGUAAAAUACAGCGAGAUAUGCUUUGAAUUGUACAGAUAGGAAUGUUGAAAAGCCCAAUUUAAAUCAAGACGAUUCCAAAAAAUAUAUUAAAUGUCUAACUAUAAAGAUUUUUUCCCCUUAUAUUGUCUGAAUUGGCUUGUUAAAGAGCAUCCAUUUGAUUUUAAAUGAGAUUUCUUGCCGUUAUUUUAAAACCAGCUGGAACCUACAUUGAUAUUUUAGAGUCCAAAUCUUUUGUGUUUAAAGUGUUUAAGCUUUAAGUAUUUGACAAGCUAGUUAUACGACACAGCUAUUAUUUUCUUUACAUGUUCUUUUAGCUACCUUUUUGUAUUUCCAUGUAUUUUUUCUAUAUGAAUAUAUUUAAAAUUGUCAAAGCUUUCUUCCUUUUUAUUAGAAGUCAGUAUUUUUUUAGAAGAUACCCUCUGUUUGAAAUGAUCACAGCCUGAUAAUGAUUUAUGAAGUAUGUAGCAUAGGAUAUAACAUUUUCAAUGAAAUUAUCACUGAAAAUAGUUCAAAUUGUGUUCUGAAGUCAUCAUAACUACCAGCCUGUCUUCUUCAUAACCUAAUCUGGCUGCUAAAGUAGUAAAAAGUGGCUGGUGACUUUUGGAAUUUAUCAUUUGUUUGAGCCUUUUGAUGAAGGUAGUUUCCUGCCUUAGUGUUACCUUUUUUUCUGCUCUAUGGACACGACCCAAAUUACGAUAGUGCUUUCCCAAAGACUGAAUGCAUGUAUUUACAAAAUGUCCUGUACACUGCAGAUCCACACUGUGUCAUAAAUGUAACUGCUGAUGAAAACCUAAUAGCUCAAGUUGUUCUGGCGUUGAAUUUUAUUGGCUUUUGGGGGGUUUGGUUGGUUUCAAGUUGUUGGUUGAAAUUCAAGAUAACAGUGUAAAAACACUGAUAUUUUAAGUGUACCUGGGUCAUUAGAAGAUGAAGCAGUUUAAACAACAAUUCAUAUGUUUUGAAGAUAUUAGGAUUUAAUCCAGCAGCCGGACCAUACAGUAUUAUUUUUCAGUAUCAAAGCAGUUUGUAUUUAUUUUAAAUGCUCUGACAUUGUAAUGUGAAUUUGUUGAAUUCUGUCUUACCUAAGCAACAUAGGACAUUCGAGUAAGCCGUAAAAGUUGCUGCCAAUUUCAGCUCUCCAGACAUUGAAUUUUCAUAUGGUUGUGCACUGUGAGUGUGUUUACAUGCACAUAAUAUUGUGUUAUCUCAGAGUGUUUUCCUCACAAGUGUUACCUCAAAAAACGGGAUCCUAAGUGGGACAUGUAAAUAUAUGUAAAUUGGACUCACUAUCUUGGCUUAUGCUGUCAUAUUCCAGGUAGCUUGUUCUUCUCCAAACUGUGAUAAAAACCUGACAGCGGUCUUAACUUGGUGCACAGUAAUGCUGGUGUGCAUGUAAACACAUUCACAUGUUCUGCUUUAUUACUAACCGCUGCAACAUGUAGGGGAAAUGCACAUUUAAAAAAAAAAACAAAACACUUUGUAGGACACCAAGAGAAGGUUUAGUUUAUCACAUUAUGCCUGUGACAUGAAGUCCAGAAAUCCUGAUGUUUAAUUGUAUAUUGUCAGCAUCCUACAGAGACAUAAGAAUUCCAGAUUUGACCAACGCGUGGGGAUUAGACCAAAAGAUUUACAUUUGUGGGAAAUUAGUCAAAAGCAGUUGACGAUCCUGCAGUUUUCAUGUUUUUGACCAUAGCAAAUCAUGAUCUCUAUUUUUUUAUAAAACCAUUUUCUUUAUUCCUUGAGCAUUUGCCUGGGUCAGUUAUUUAUCGUACCCACUUGUAACCAGACUGAAACCAGCUAAAUGCAGUGAUGUUUGUUUGUCUGUAAGUGUAUAUAUCUGUCCACUUGUCUCCUCUGGUCUGUCAUUUUCUUUUCUUUUAUUGACAGGGGAAAAUACACAUGCUCAAAUAUAAUAGGUUGUCAAAUCAUUGCUCAUCCACAUGUUCGUCUAUGCAGCGACAUCAAAUCGUUUGGACUGUAUACUCUAGAACAUUUCCCCAAGAACAUUUCCAAGACAUAUACACACUGUAUUUUUUGAUGGCAACACAUGCUGUGUUAUGCUUGUUUCCAGGGUCCAGCAAGAGCCUUUGUAUCUCCUUUUUUUUUUUUUUUUUUCCUUUUUAACGAGUGCCACCCAACAUUGUACCCCCAGAACAAACCAGCUUUUCUCACCUCCUGAGAAGUCUGUUUUGGAGAUGGAAGAUGAGACCAAAUUAGGUUUCAUGUGGUUGACACAUUUUGAGGGUCCACAUUCCUAUUUACAGAUUACAUAUUGUACUUUUUUUUUUUUCUUAUUGUGAUGACAAUUGUGUAUCUCCAAAUAAGCCUCUUUCUGAUGGAUUCCCGAGAAGGAGGCUUUUUGGAGGAAGUUAAGCUUUUACAUGUCACUAGUGAUGUUAUUGUAUAGUUGUACCUUUUUUAUUUUACCAUACACUUCCUCUUUCUUGCUAUCAACAGAGCAUUCUCCAUUAGACAACAAGCUGUUAGGAUUUCUGUCUUCUUCACACACUGAUGAUCUUCAUAGGCUUUCCAACUAUUCUACAUAUACAGACAACUUCUUACAGUGUACACUAAUAAAGCUGUUUUAAUUCAACUGAA